AUGAACGACUCUCAACCCCCGACUUCCCUACUCGACAAGGGCGAGUCUAUCCCUAUUUCUGGACUCAGCCCGGACGCCCCCAAUCAAGAGAACCGAGUUGUACAUGGGACGAUAACCAUCGUAUGGCCUUUUAGUAUCAUAACCAAAUCUAUCGCAUUCCUCCUGGCCGAGCAUGACGUCCGGCUCCGGCGCGAAAAUGGACAAGUGCGCGUAAGAUUCCAUGGUGCAGCCGCAAAAGCCAUCUCAGAUGCAUCGCUAGGCGCAGGAGAUGAGAUUCGUGUGAGCCUAAAAGGCGCUCAGUGGGAGAAUAAUGAGACACAGACACAGGUUGCAGGAAGCACUCUAGCAUGGCAGCUGGAAUUCACGAAUCGCCUGGUCAUUGGUAUUCGUCAACUAAAUAUGGAACAAGAAACGCUGCUCAAUAUCGACGCCCCGGCUGCGGAACCAGAAACUGCCACGGAUGGUCAGGCAGAGCGUACCGACCCAAUCGACACAAUACCCGAAGAACCUGCCACACCAGACCCGCCAUGUCCGGAGCCCAUAUUGCCUGCGAAACGUAGCGCUACAUCGAACCUUGAUCCCUUCGAGUAUACUUCUCCCGCUUUUCUCAAACGAGCACGUGUAUCCUAUGGUUCCCUGUUUGAAGGAGGCUUGGACAUUUUCGACGAGGACAUUAGCCAGGCGACUAGGUCGAAGAAGCGCUCCCGAUUCAGUAUGCCUGGUAAUACUUGGAGAUAUACCAGUCAAUCUCCCAGUCCCGAGCCUGAUGUCCCCGAGGAAGAAGAGGAAGAAGAGCCACAAGUGAAUGGAAAUCCGCAGCCAAAUGGCGACAUUGACGACACUCAUUUGGACACGCCAUCCAGACCAGCAAUGGUUGAUCAAGGCUCCCAAACCGCAGAUGUUGACUUUACGCCCAUGGCCAGUGUCCAGGUGUUGGCCGAAUCAAGACCAACCUUUGGCUUUACACAGAUGACUCCAACGCCGUUUGCUCGAACAAAACCAUUUGGUGCAGAUAACCCCGUCAUAGAUGAGGCCCUGAAUUUUGGAGGCGACUCAACGACGUCGCAUAGCAUGCCUCCUGUAUCACAACAAAACUCGCUCAGCCAACAACCAAACACCAUGGACACAAACAUGGCUUUUAGUUUCACGCCACAGACCGUGCUCUUCCCUCAAGCUCCAGCAUUUUUCUCUGGGCAGGAUGAUGUUCCAGACUCGCCCAGUCGCGUUACGGGAGUGGAAGACUACCCGGCCGCACUCUUGGAUACUGAUCCAACCUCCUCUAAUCCUGUAGACGCCCUGAUGGGGUUUGCUGCUCAUGGGUCGCAACCCGUCGCAACUCACCAAAAUCCUUUCUCUACGGAACCAGCCCUAGACCCGGCUUUCGUUACUGCUGCGCCCUCUCAGAACCCUUGGGCUGAUGAAGAACUACCUGGAUCGCAUUCUGCGAACGCUAGCAGCGACGCUGAGAAUCCGGUGGAGAUUCUGAGCUCAUCACCUUCAAGGCAAGAAUCGAGGGCUUCAACAGAAGAUCGCCAAGUAUCUCCUUCCAGGGAAAACACAGAGAUGAAUGUAACGGCAGAUGCAUCGCCCGAGCCGACUCUCGAGGACCCAGCAAGUGAAGCCGAAUUUUACCGUGAUGGCGGUGAUGAGCCUGGGGACGACUACGAUCUCAGAAAAUACUCGCGCACGCACGAUGACGACGACGAUGUCGAAACGUCGGAAGAGGAGCGAGAUGAGAGCGAUGACGAUCCUGGAGCGCAAAUUAUGAACCCCGAGGAAGAUGAUAUGGAUGUCGAUCAAGACGUUGCAAACCAAGUAAGGUAUUCUGGUGACGUUUCCGAAGAAUACGAGGAAGAAAUGUACGAGGAACGGUUCGAGGGUGAUGGACAAAGUUAUGAAGGGUCUGGAGAUGAUGCAGAAGGUGAAUACUACUCAUAUGAGGAGGACUACACCGAUGACGAAGAAGAGGAUGAAGAGGAAGAAGCACAAACUCGCCCUCCCGCUGCACCUAUUACCCGAGAGCCUGUCUUUAUCGACCUGCUGUCGGAUUCAGAAGACGAGGAUGAACCGGCACCCAAGUCUGUGGCAGAACCAGAACCUAAGGAAGAGCUCGAAGAAGAGGUAAAGCAUGAGUCCAAAUCAGAUUCUAAAGAUGAGGCCGGAGUGAGCCCAAAGAAUGCAGAGGACACGACGCCCUUGCCAGUGCCUGAGGAAAAGGAGGAAGCUGAAAACCUUCAGGCACACGAGGAGAUGGCUGAACAAACCCAGUCUGUCCCCGGACCCGCAGAGCCAUCAACGCUGACUACAGACGAGGCGAACGAGGAUACUGAAACGAAACACGUCACUGAAGAAGAAACGACUCAAGUAGAGAAAUCAUCAGUUCCUAUGCUUCCUGCUCGGAAUAAUUCGAGUCCAGACCGCGAUGAAGAUCAUGAGGCCCCCAUUAUGUUUGAGGAAAUCAAGGCUAGAGGCGGUCCAUCGCAAAUUGAGAAGUCUGCGGAAAACCAAGAGCCUUCUACAGCAUCAAAUAAUAUGGAGAUGGACGCACCUGCACUCACGGAGGUAUCCAAUAAACCCGAGGAUGUAGCCAUUACGGUCACAGAAACUACGAGAAUAAAUUCACUUGACGAAACAACGCCUACCGUGGUUGAGGAAACCGCCGAUGCUAUGGAUGUUGAUGCAGCACUCGACGCAUCUCUAAAAGACACUAUUGAGCAAAUAGAAACCGAAAAGGUCGAGGUCAUUGAGAAUAAUGUUACCGUCAACGAAGAGGUACAAACCACGAUCACGAAUGCACAGGAAGAGACCUCAGCAAGUGUCCAGGUCAAAGCGGUCCAGGAAACAUCCCUCAUACAACUACAAGAGACCUUGGAAGAUAUUGCAGAAUCAUCGAUCAUUAACUCAACUGAAGGUCUAUCCGGCGAGGGUGACGCAGAAGCCGGCAAAACUCAAGAAUUCCACGACGCCAUGAUGCAGGACGCGCCCUCCGAAAAUGCUACUGGGAAACCAGCUAUCAACACAAUUGUGGUAGAAGAUGCGGAAGAACACUCUACCAAGGACGGCCAACUUUCACCCCCAGCAACUCAUUUCUCUCAAGUGCAAAACCUGCAAGAAGACACCAUCAAUGUCGCUGCCCAUGACCAUGGCCAGCAUCUUCUCACUCCGGGCGAAACCCAAGUGAGACAAGUUGACAUGUCUGACAUACUGCAAACUACCGCAUACAAUGACGAGACCGACGAAGAGGAUGCAAACCCAGAGGAUCAAAUAAUGGCUGAGAUACUGCAGCAUUCUCCAACCAAACAGGAUACCCAUCUACCGAUAGAGUCUGUCGCCUUUCCUCCUGCUGCCUCACAGACCAAACCAUUUACUCAGACUGAGCAGGCUGAUGAGACGCAUGAAGGGCCUGCUUCGCAAUCCGAGCCAGAGCAUGUGGCUGCUGUUGCCAAAUCCUUACGACCCCAACGCUCUAAACUAAACAGAGCGUCCGGUUACAUCGAUCAAGAGGACCCUAGUAUGGCGCUGAUAGCAGCUACGCCUGCGAAAGAAUCCGCAAACAGUGGUAGCAAGCACAGUAGCCCAGCCCCAGUCGGGCCAAGCAGCAAGACUCGCAGCAAGACUCGCAGCAAGACUCGCAGCAAGACCCACGAUGAUCCCAGCAUUCAGUUAGCGGGUGCCUUGGAGCAGUCAGAGACAAAGAACAAGCGUAAAAGAAAAGCGGCAGAUGACGAAAGCAUUACCAGUCUGGACAACAGCCCAUCCGGAACUCGACGAGUGCUGCGAUCUAUGACUGACCAUGAUGAUCUGAGCAUAUUGCUCGCGAAAGGGUCAAGCCCUCCAGCCCGGCAAACACGACCAGAUCUGAAGCGCGAGACACCUGUGCGCGAAACCCGCUCGGUAUCACGAAGUUUACGGCUGCAAGAAGAGUCGCCCGAUGCAUCAUUUGCUUCACUAAUAUCCCCGUCAAUCGCGGGUUCCUUCGCGACUGUGCCUGAGGAUGGUGAAGAGGACGUCAAGUCUCUGAAACUACGACUAGCUAAAAACUUGAGGACAGACUUUCCCGAUUUUCUGCCGCUUAAGAGCCUAAGAGGGAAUAUUGACAAAAUGACGGAUGUCCUUGCAGUGGUAACACAGACACCACCGCAACCACACCGACCAAAGCAAGGUCGUCCUCGGGGUUUCAUGCUCACCUUGACCUUGACCGAUCCAUCUACAGCACCGACUCAAGUCCGUGUAGCCAAUAUAUUCCGACCCCACCUAACCUCGCUGCCGGAAGUUGAGAGUGGGGACAUCAUCCUUCUCCGACGGGUCAAGGUGGUGUCAAUGACGGGCCGUAACUUCGGUGUCCGGUCAGAAGAUUUAUCGCCAUGGGCCGUGUUCAAGCCGAACGGUGAACAAGCUCUCAGCCAAGUCAAGGGUCCGCCGGUGGAAAUUACCCCAGAAGAGAUCGAACAUGCCAAGGGUCUACGGCAAUGGUGGAGCCUCCAGGAUGACAACGCUAUGAACAAGAUCCGGAAGGUGACCGAGAGUAAGGAAAAUGCCAAAUGA